AUGCAACCAGCAGCAACAAAAGAAGAACGAAGACAUGACAGUCAUCCCCAAAACUGUAAAAAUAAACAAGUUGGAAUUGUAUUCGCUCAAUCUAAUGACAAUAACAAUUCAUCUCAGAUACCAAUUUUAUUUAUAAUUGAAUCAGAUAUUGACUCACUUUCACUUGCAACACCAUUUGCGGAUAUACAUCAUCGGAGCCAAUUCGAUGAUGAAGAAGAAGUUUUAUUUAUGAUUGGUGCUAUAUUUCAUAUAGUAGCUGUACAAGUAGAUGAUAAUAUCGAUGAUCUAUGGACAAUAAAAUUGGUUUUAUGUAAUGAACGAAGUAAUGAAUUAUUUGAAGUACUUGAAGAAUUAAGACAGAAAUUAUUACCAGAAAAGACCAAUUGUAUGUCUGUUGGAGAUAUUUUAAUGGAAAUGGAGUUAUUUGAUAAAGCUGAAGAAUAUUUUCAAUGA